AUGUGGCCUGGGGGAGGAGCCACGAAAGGAAUGACAGGGUCAGGGGGAGUAGCCACCAAAGGUAUGACAGGGUCCGGUGGAGGGGCCACUCAAACAAUGACAGGGUCAGGUGGAGGGGCCACUCAAGCAAUGACAGGGUCAGGGGGAGGAGCCACCCAAGCAGUGACAGGGUCAGGGGGAGGAGCCACCCAAGCAGUGACAGGGUCAGGGGGAGGAGCCACCCAAGCAGUGACAGGGUCAGGGGGAGGAGCCAACCAAGCAGGACACUUGUUGGCAAGUGGGUGUGAUGUAAGGAACACCAGUUCACUCAAUGCAGGGUGA